AUGUCGCCUUCUUCCCCGCACCGACGCCCGCUGCACUUCAAUCCCCGGGCAAAGCACUGGUUCGCGCCACCGAACCAGGAUCUGCCCGACAUUGCGCGGUUCCAUCAGCGGUUUCCGGGCUACGCACCGACAGCCCUCGUCAGCCUGCCCUCGGUCGCGCGCGCGGCGGGCGUCGGCGCCGUCUACGUCAAGAACGAGGCCGACCGCUGCGGCCUGCCCGCCUUCAAGAUCCUCGGCGCCUCGUGGGGCACCUACAGGGCUGUGACGGCACGCCUCGAGCUGCCGCUCAGCACCACCUUUGACGCCAUUCAGCAGGCCCUGGCAAACUCCCCGCUGACGCUCUACGCCGCCACCGACGGGAACCAUGGCAGGGCCGUGGCGCGCAUGGCGGCGCUGUUUGGCAUCGCCGCCGAGAUUCAUGUCCCGUAUUGCAUGAAGGAAGAGGUUGUCAACCUGAUUCGGGAAGAGGGUGCCAAUGUCAUUGUGUCGAAGCGAGACUAUGAUGUUGCCAUGCAGGAAGCCUUUGUUGCUUCACAGCACCCGCAGGGUCUCCUCAUCCAAGAUUGUAGUUUCGCUGGAUAUACACAAGUGCCUCAAUGGAUUGUGGAUGGCUACGAAACCAUGACGCACGAAAUUGACGAGCAAUUGGCUGGCCAGACACCAGACUUGGUCAUUGUACCCGUCGGCGUCGGCUCCUUUGCCCACUCUGUCGUGACACAUUACAAGACACCUACUUCGUCCUCCCAAGUCAUGGCUGUGGAGCCAGACACGGCCGCCUCUCUCUGGAAGAGGCUUGUCCGCGCCGAAGAAGCAUCUGCUCUGAGCGCACCCACCAUCAUGGCCGGCUUGGAGUGUUCAACAGUAUCAGAGCAGUCCUGGCCGGUCCUUCAACACGGCGUCGACGUCAGCGCCACCGUCUCCGACUUUGAAGCGCACGCAGCCUGCGAGACGUUGCACGAGCUGGGCGUGGCGGCUGGGCCCUGUGGUGCUGCGGCCUUGGCUGGCUUGCGGCGUCUGACCUCGGACGACAAGGCAGCCCUGGGUCUAGACGGCAACUCCACGGUCGUGCUGCUCUCGACAGAAGGACUCCGGUCGUACGACAUCCCCCAUGACGUCGCUGACGAUGACCCCGUGGCCCUGACACAAGCCCUCGUUCGUAUCAACUCGGCCAACCCGGCCCUUGGCUCCGAGCCCGGUCCUGGCGAGACGGAGAUUGCCAAGUUUGUUUGCUCGUGGUUCGAGUAUCGCGAUAUUGACGCUCACUGGAUAGAACCGGUCAAGGGGAGACCGUCUGUCGUCGCUGUGGUCAAGGGCCGUGGAGACGGCAAGCGCCUUUUGCUUAACGGCCACAUGGACACUGUGACUCUGCUGGGAUAUGAAGACAAUCCCCUGAAUCCCAGAAUUCAAGAUGGGAAGCUGUACGGGCGUGGCUCUGCUGACAUGAAGUCUGGUCUGGCGGCGCAAAUGGUCACGGCAGCCAACAUCAAAAGACGGCAACUGGCUGGCGAUGUCGUCGUCACAGCCGUUGCCGACGAAGAAUUCGAGAGCCUAGGGACCGUCAAUGUGCUCGACGCCGGCUGGAGAGCCGAUGCCGCCAUUGUCAGCGAAUGCACCGACAUGGCCAUUACCCGCGCGCACAAGGGCUUCGUGUGGCUCGAGAUUCAUGUCCACGGCGUGGCCGCGCACGGUUCACGUCCGGACUUGGGAUACGACGCCAUUUCCAAGUCGGGCUAUGUACUGGUCGAGCUUGAUCGCUACUCGCAACAGCUCCAGCAGAGGGAGGCCGACCCGGUCGUCGGGCCGCCCAGCGCGCAUGCGUCCCUCAUACAGGGCGGCGAGGAGGUGUCGUCGUAUCCCGCCAAAUGCACAAUCACACUAGAGCGGAGAACCGUCGCCGACGAAAGCCCAGCGACUGUGGAGCGCGAGAUACGGGAUAUACUGGAUCGGAUCGCAGCCACUACUCCCGGCUUCCAGUAUGACCUCCGAGUCACAUUUGAUCGACCACCUUUCCACAUGGCAGAGGACGCUCCUCUGACCCAACUGGUCCGGAAGCACACUGAGAGCGUCACACGCAGUAAGCCCAAGAUUGCGGGUGCUCCGUACUGGACAGACUCGGCGCUGUUGCUGGACGCCGGUAUCCCGACGAUUCUCUUCGGGCCGCGCGGUGAAGGAUUUCAUGCCAAAGAGGAGUUUGUCUACACUGAGUCUAUCUUGCAAACGACGCAAGUCCUCACGCAAAUCGCGGAGGAAUUUUGUGCUUGA